AUGACAGCCACAGACGCCGCCAAGAAGGACGCUUCCGCGGAGGAAAGCAAAGAAAAGGAUGCCAAGUCGUUGAUGGAGGCGAUUGAAGAAGACGACGAGUUUGAGGAGUUUGAAAAGGCACACUGGGCAGCUGAUGAGGAAGAAGCUGAGGACGUUCAACAGUGGCAAGACAACUGGGACGACGCCAUGGAUGACGAUUUCACCAAGAACUUGAGAGAAGAGCUGGCUAAGAACAGUGAUGGAUCGUAGACUCUUGCAGUGCACAAAACAACAGAUGCACAGGUAUGUUUUUGUGUUUUGUGUCGAGGGGAAUGAAUGAAUCGAAUCACAUCAGUCUAUGAAUAUGAAAAACAGCGAUGAUAGAACGAAACACACGAGAAGGCCCGCUUUGAGGACACAAUCUGCUGAAGCCUUUCCCAAUUCAACAAAUGAGACUAUUUUGCAAUGUGAAUUUUAGCGUGAAAGGAAACUACUAGAAGAUGAUUAUCGC